UGAAGUGCUCCGGGAACUGGAUGUGGGGCUCCAAGUGGGGCGCGGAGGGCGGGGCGCUGGUGGCCGCGUGUGACGCGCUGGUGGCCGCCAUGCGGCGCCUGGGGGUGGCCAUCGAUGGCGGCAAGGACUCGCUCAGCAUGGCGGCACGCGUGGGGACAGACACCGUGAUGGCACCUGGUGCCCUGGUGAUCUCGGCCUACGCCGUGUGCCCCGAUGUCACCGCCACCGUCACCCCCGACCUCAAGUGUCCCAACGAGCGCGGGUCCCUGCUGUGGGUCCAGCUGUCCCCGGGCCGGCACCGCCUCGGGGGCUCGGCCCUGGCGCAGGUGUUUGCCCAGCUGGGCGAUUCCUGCCCCGACCUGGACGAGCCCGCGAGCCUCGAGAGCGCCUUCAACGUCACCCAGCAGCUGCUCAAAGAGCGUGUCCUGACCGCGGGCCAUGACGUCAGUGACGGUGGCUUCCUGGGCUGUGUCCUGGAGAUGGCCUUCGCUGGCAACUGCGGUGUCACCGUCAGCGUCCCCGCGCCACCGCCCGGCGUCACCCUGCUGGCCCUGCUGUUCUCGGAGGAGCCGGGGUUGGUUCUCGAGGUCCCCGAGGUGGCCGCUGUCCCCGUGUGCCGCCGUUACCAGGACGCCGGUGUCACCUGUGUCCCCAUCGGCCACAGCGGCCCCUACGGCCCCCGCGCCACGGUGUCAGUGUCGGUGGGUGAGCAGGAGGUGCUGUCCCAGCCGCUUGGGGACAUCAGGGGACUUUGGGAGCAGGGCAGUUUCCGGCUGGAGCGGCUCCAGGCCAGCCCGGGCUGUGUGCAGCAGGAGGAGGCCGAGCUGGGGACGCGCUGGGGACCCCAAAUCCAGCUCAGCUUCGACCCCGACUACGUGGCACCCGUGGUGGCACACAUGG